AUGAGCAAACCGUGCUGGGAAUGCCUCAAGCGACGCCUCGUCUGCGACCUAGGUCGUCCGGGAUGCCAGAAGUGCCAGAGUCGGGACACAGAGUGUCCGGGAUACGAUAAGAAGCCGCUCAAGUGGCUUCAUCCUGGACAGACUAGGUCCAAGGGACGUCGCGCUAAGAACGAGUCCAACGUUAUCCAGCUUGCUCUCAAGGACACGACGGAAGCGACCACACUCUUUGAAGCGAUCGAGUACUAUAAUGUCCACAUUUGCCCCGAUCUGGUAGCCAACGGCUCCGGCGCCACAACAAAGUCCCCCUUCAUCAUUCCCCUUGCAAACGCACCUUACGCCCCUGCUACCAUCAGGCAUUGCCUUGUCUCUUCAGCCCUGGCACAUCGCAUCUUGCAGUCAGAGCAAGGAUUUGAGGAAGACCGUGCCAUUCUCGCAAGCAGGCUGCAGACGUAUCGUGGUGCGGCAAUUCGUCACUUGGCUUGCGGGGUCAAGCUUGGUUCAGAGGUGGGAUGGAACAAUACCAGCGGUCGCGACGGCCGGGACGCCACUUUGGCUUCUAUGCUGGUGUUUCUCUUUGCUGAGCUCCAGCAAAGUUUCUCUCCCAACUGGCGGCAGCAUUGUGAUGCUGCGCAUACCCUUAUCGAUCUCUUCGGUGGUACGACACAGCUUAUCCAAGAAUGGCCUUGGUUCAAUCAUCUCUUUCGAUAUUUUAUCCUGAUAGACAUCAUGGGCACCGUCACAGCGCCGGCCCCAGAAGUAGAACGCACAAAUCGUCAGCUUGAGUAUAUCGGCCUGCUACCCUCCAUGUACGGCGUCGGCCUUUGGACCUCUCUUCCAUGUCCCCCAGAGCUCCUUGCCGACAUUAUUCUCGUGAAUCACAUGCGAGCCACAGCGACAGAUGACCCUCUUUUUGCACAGCACCAGCACUCCUCCGCCGUCGACCUUCUCAAACGGAUCAUGGCCUUUUCAGUGGAAGACUGGGCUGCCACCAUCAACCCUUAUCCUCAACCCAAAAGCUCUGACAAGACCGUUAUCCAGCGUCAGAGUGAGUUGCUUGGCUGGCAACGUGUUGCCUACAUAUACCAGUCUGCCGUUGCUCUAUACUGUAUAUCGGCCCUCCUACCCCCUCACUGCAACACAAACAACACCCAAACUACUUCUGAAAUUGACGUUUCAUCACUGCAAUCCUCAUGCCGCAAGGCUCUUCUACAAGAUCUCAGAGAUGUGGCAUCGAAUCCAAACAGCGACCUCCGAAAGUAUCUCAUGUGGCCGACCGUGAUUGCUGGUGUCGAGCUGGAUGCUGGCGACGACACGUCUAAGACCUUUAUCCUGGAGGAGCUGGGAUGGGCCAGUAAAGUGUUUGGUACGGCAUCGCUUCUGGUCGCGCAGGAUCUAUUAAAGAGGAUCUGGAACUCUGGCAGUACGAAGACAAAACGUUGGGACGAUCUUUUUGACAGGCCUUAUGCGUUUGUGAUGUAA